CUGGAUUUUUGGGGGGGACCCUGACGUGGUGGAUACCUUUCAGACACUGCACGCAUAGGCUUAAGCUCCAGUACUGGCGCUGGCAUUGGCUCUGGUCUCUCAACUUUGAUCCUCCUUCUCCCGCCAUUUCAUCCACGGCAACGAACCGCUUCCGCUACCGCGACCGCGACCGCGACUUUUUUUCCCCUUUCCUCUACCAGCAACGCUUCCCCGUCCGCCCAGUAACACAACCAACAACGGGCUCGCAUCACCUUCUUUCCACGAGCUCUUCUGGCCUGGAGGCCCUGUUGCUGCCAUCAUGGAAGGCUUCGGUUCCACGUUCCGCUCAAUCUGGCAUGCCAUGACCAGUAAUGACAGACAUUCUUCCUUCGACUCCCCCUAUCGCUCUGGCCGCCACGUCCCCCUGCAAAAUGGCCGUAGCGACAUCCUCACUGGCGUCGCCACCGCCUCCGACUCGCGACACGACGUCACUUCCCCCUAUUCCGACGAGUCUGGCCGCGCAUCCCCCGCCAACGGCAUCUCUCUCAAUACCAAUACCAGCACCGGUCCCUUCACGCCCACCAGCCCCGCGAACGCCCCCUACUCUCCCGGCCUGAGAGGCAUUGCCGCACGCAACGCCAGCCAAGGCGAUGGCUUCGAGGUCCAGAGCCCCGGCGAUGUCCCCAUGCAGAGCUUCCAGGACGGUCUCCCCCCUGCUCCCCCAGUCGCUCACACCUGGAGGCGGAUAGAUGCCUGGGCCGACGAAAACUACCCCGAAUUGUUCGAUCAGCUUUGUGAAGGCGCCACAAAUAACGACUUGAAUGAGCUCGAGCACCAGCUCGACUGCUCACUUCCCCAGGACGUGCGAGACUCGUUGAUGGCUCACGAUGGCCAGGAGCGAGGAGGAAUGCCCACCGGAAUCAUCUUUGGCUCCAUGUUGCUAGACUGCGAGGAGAUUGUGCAAGAGUGGGAGAACUGGAGAAAGGUCAACCAUCAGUACCUGCUGGAGACUUCGGUCGCGAAGCCUUCCACACCCUCCAAGGCCUUUGGCGGCAGCAACGAGGCGUCUUCAUCCAGGCAAGGCGGCCCCGGCAACAACAACUCCGGCGUCUGGCGCCAGGAUCUCAUUUCCCGCCAGGACUGCGUGCCUGCCAACAGCGUCCAGAAGGCCUACGCGCACGCAGGUUGGAUCCCCUUGGUUCGAGACUGGGGUGGCAACAACCUGGCUGUUGAUCUGGCUCCUGGUCCUGGUGGCCAGUGGGGACAGAUCAUCUUGUUCGGCCGUGAUUACGAUACCAAGUACGUGGUGGCUCGUUCCUGGGCGGCCUUGCUGUCUGUUGUUGCCGACGACCUCAACAGCGGCAAAUGGUAUGUGGACGAGGAAACCAACGAGCUCAAGCUGCGAGAGUUUAAGGAGACGCGAGUUGAGCCCUCCUAUUUCAGCAUUCUGCGAUGGAGAAUGGACCAGAAGUACGGACGACGGGCCAACAACCGGAAAUCCAUGGCCCCUCGGGGCAAGUCCAACUCUCCCAUCGGAUCCCGCUCCUCGUCGCCCUACGCCAGCCCUGUCGAAGGCCCCGAUGCCCGCGGACGAUCGUUGCAACGCCUCAGUGGCUCGUCUCCGCUGACGAGUCCUAUGCGACCUGGAUACGGAAAAGCCGCCACCCCCUUGAGUAGAGUGACGGAGGAAUCGGCCAUUCCGGAGAUUGCGAGUGGUAUCAUUGAGCCAGAGAAGCUCGUCGAAGUCGAGACUCCCCGGCAAAGCAACGAGGGCAGUAGCUCCAAAGCCGGCAACCUACCCCGUGUAGAAUCGGACCUCCUCAAGGAUAAGGAAAAUGAGGCGCCCAAGACGAACGGGAAACAGCCUGCGGUUGCGGACGAGUCGAUGAAGACGAUUGAGAUCUGAGCAUCCAUGAGGGACAACAAGUGUUUGGAAGAACGAAGAGCCUGCACUGGCACUGGCACACAGACAACGAUGGCAUGAGACUCUUAAUUUUCUGCAAAGCUCCGCAAAGAGGCAACUCUUUACACUUUACAUUGGUAAAAAACAUUUCGGCGUUGGGGGCGUCGUGUCGAACACGCAACGAAUCCAUUAUUCUAUUUUAUUUCCGAGGGCCGGAUUCUUUUGUCGCUGCCCGAAUGGUGGCGCGGCAGAGAAGGUAUUAUACGGAG